GUGGUUUAGCGCUGUAGUGGCAGCUGAUAAAGUGUCUUUAGGGUUAAAAGCCGAUCAGUGCGUAGCCUCUUCCUGGGCUGCUGUGCCCCUGGCCAUCUCGCAGUGCUAACAAGGGAAGCCGCUAGGCUCCUUUGCUACGCGCUCCCUGUUUUCGCAUCCCAAAGACGCUUGUCAGCCUUUGUGGUAGGACUUCAUGUCUGUAUUUUUCCCCAUUCACUGCCCUGAUUAUCUGAGAUCAGCUGAAAUGACUGAGGUGAUGAUGAGUGCUACAUCUAUGGAUGAAAUCGGGCUAAGCCCCCGCAAGGAUGGCCUAUCAUAUCAGAUUUUUCCUGACCCCUCAGACUUUGACCGUUACUGUAAGCUGAAGGACCGCCUGCCUUCCAUUGUGGUGGAGCCAACAGAGGGGGAUGUGGAGAGCGGGGAGCUGAGAUGGCCACCUGAGGAAUUCCUCGUCCAGGAGGAGGAGGAAGAAAACCAUGAAGAAGCAAAGAAAGAGAACAAAGAGCAAUAAAAUGGCAACUGAAGAAAAUACAAGGGAUUGUAUUGUCUUGAGGGAAGAGCCACACCUUUUCUGAAGGUCUUUUUUUCUUAAGAAAAAAGACAGACAAGUUCAAUUUUGCACCUGCAAGAUCUUAGGUUUUUUUGUAUUCUCUGUAUUGAGAACUGAAGCCCUUGAUGUGACCGACUCUCCAGACCUUCUAAAGAAGGAAGUCCGUGCAGAGAAAAAUGUUUGCUGUUCUCAAGAUCACUAUCUGACUUCUAUUUUUUUUUUUAUUUUUUUAAGACUCAGAGACAGCAGAGAAAUUCUAAGACCCUUGGUGGAUGGUGAACAAGCAAAGCUGUUUAAUGAGUUGUGGGGAGGGUGGGAAUAAAGAAAUAUAAGCAGUGUUGAGCAAGGAACUGCCUCUGGCUACAAAAGCAUGAGACUAAAGUCUUCAUCUGUUUCCUUUCUUAUAAGCUUCUGUUUAUGUAUCUGGAGUAGAGGGGAAAUGUGUGGUGACAUAUCACAAAUGGAUGCUCUGCUGACAUAAUUGCUGGGUGGCAUAGAGAGGCAAAGGGGCUUGUAGUCUUUCCCCAAUUGCACAUCUCCUGAAGUUACACAAGCAUGUGUAGAAGUAAUGGAUUUCUUGCGUUAACUAUCAAACCUGUUCCCAGUCUUUGCCCGGAAGACAUUUUCUUGCCUUCUUUGUCUGCUUUUAAACCUUAUAAUGCUGAACAGCUCAGUUGGUAGGGUCAGUGUGUUCUGCUGCUACUCUCCAUCUAUUCUGCAAGGUCCUCGUUUAUCUGGAGGUAACAAAGAAAUUUCAUGUAAUGUCUAAAUCUACCUGAGAUCUUGUUCUAGAAGUGGUUAGGAUGUUUCUCUCCUGCUAGCUGAGACUGCUGUAGUAAGAACUCAUUACAGUGCAUAAAGCUUGCAAGGUGAAGGGGCCACCUGCCUUCUAGAUGAUUCUGGGGCUGCAUGGUUUCCAUCUCAAACAUGCUGGGUCGACUGUCUGAUCAAAACUGGCUUAGUAGAGGGGCAUGGGGAGAAUCUGCAGGGAACUGUUAGAUUUGGGUUUUCUUUGUUAGUAGUAUUGCUUAACAGAGCUCCAAGACCUAGCAGUGCUGGCAGACCAAGAUGCUUGCAGAAAUCAUCUGCUUAAGAAUGGAUGAAAUUGAAAGUUCCCACAUGCCACAAAGUCAAAGAAUGUUGCCAAAACUGAAAUCAGAGGCAGUCUGAAAUCAAAUGGCUGACUUGAAAGGAUAAGGAUGGGGGCAGGGAAAUGAUGCCUCUUUUCAGACAGUAUUUCAUGGCUUUUGAGUGUUCUGGGGAAGAAGAUGUGCUUCUGAUUGUAACACAGUAGUAGGGUUUAAUAAAAGGCAAGAUGGUUUGUAAGGUCUAAGGUAUCCCAUGCAACUUGUUCAGUGCUGAGUGUCUCUGUCCUACCUAACUUUUGCCUACAAGGGGAACUGGUUGCAAGGCAGGUUGACUUGCCACUUUCAUGGAAAGUGGCAAUCGAGCAACUUUAUGGAAAAGCCCCAGGGAGGCCCAAGGCAUCUGUUUUGGAGCUGACAGGUCUAAGAAUAAAUGCUGGUAGUUUCCACAUUAAAACAAGUCUGUAGACACUAAAGGAAGAAAGACAAAUGUUAAGGCCUUAACCAGCCCUUAUGAUAAAAUCCAGUGCAUCUUGUCUGCUAAUAACUGGUUCAAUUAAAAAAAAAUCUGUUUUGGACUUUGUGUGUGUAUAUAUAUUUGUAUCUAAUACCUCAUGAGUAGUUUAAACGCUGGUAGGGGUUGGGGGAUUGCUUUUAACAUAUCAGCAGAAUUGUUUUAGUCUUUGUCUUGCUUGUGGUUUAAACAUAAUGGCAAUAACUUAUCAGCUCUGUUACUAUUUCAGACAGACCUGAGGGAUUGGAGACUGACUUUUGUAUUGUUCUGACUAGUAGCAAUGUAGAAUGCAGCUUGUCUCUUUUCUUUUUAGCAGCAAAGAACCAGUCUUGUGCUCACUCCCAGGUUUGAUGGAUUUUGUCAUCACUGACCUCUCAUGAUCUAGUGAUAUCAUUUUUAAACUUAUGGAUCCAGCUGUUUGUAUCUGAGCAUCUGUUCUAGUCUUGCUGUCUAAUGGAAUGAGCUUGUACACCUGUAUACCAGCCAGUCUCAAUGUUUUAAACUGGUACUAGUCUUCAAUCUGUGCCACCAUGUUGAGGCUUGUUAAUAGAGGAGAUGUGGGUAGCAAAAGGAUGGAAAUCUUUCUCCUCCAGAUCUGAGGAGAAAUGUCUGCCGUAAAGAUUGGUAUAUUCUUGUCUGCAUCCUUUUUUUUUUUUUUAAGGUAUUGUGUAUAUUUCUAUUUGUCAAAUGUAUAAAGAACAAAGCACUCCAGUAAAACUCCUGUCGUCUGAUGUACAUUCUAUUUCUGUAAUUCUUUUUGAGCCUCAGGGAGAAGCUAGCUUUUUUUUUCUCAAACUACUUUCUUGUCACUGUGACAGUUGUAAAUAAAGUUUGAAAAUGCUUUC